CCGGUUGAUGGAAGUGAACCGUAUCAAGACGGCCACCCAUUCUGCCAUUUACACCCUUGAAAGUAUCCACCAAAGUCCCCACCCACGCGGCCGGAGACGGCCGCCCUCCGAAGCCGAACGACACGCGCAGAAAUCCACAGCCAGUCGGCGAGUCGGCGAGUCGGGGGACUGCUGCAGUGGGGCGGGUCCGGGCAUCACGGCCCCCUCACCCCUCCCCCCUCUCGAUGGACGCCGAGGACGAGGCCGGUGGCGUCCCGGACAACCUCAAGUCUCGCCUCGAGGACUCCUACGACGCCAUCGCAGAGUCCUACACUGCCUGGUCCACCAAGGGCGCUGCGAUCCGCCUCUCGUAUCUGGACAGCCUCCUCGACCUGCUCACGCCGUCUCACAGAGACAUUCUUGAGGUCGGAUGCGGCGCCGGCAUCCCCACCACCGAGAGGCUGCUGGCCCGCGGCCCCCAGUUCCGCAUCACCGCCAACGACCUGUCCUCGGCCCAGAUCAAACUGGGCAAGCAGCGUCUGGACCACGUCUGUGGUGGAGAUUCGGACAGGGUCACCUGGCUGCAAGGCGACAUAAUGGGCCUCUGUCUCCCGCCCGACUCCUUUGAUGUGGUGCUUGGCUUCUAUUGCAUCCAGCAUCUGCCUCGGGACGAGCAGGUUGUCAUGAUUCGCAACCUCUCGGGCUGGCUCAGGCCCGGUGGCUACAUGCUCUUCAACUUCCCUGCUGAGGCAAACGAGAAUGUGGUCAUGACCGGCUGGAUGGGUGAGAAGGGCUGGGUUUAUCACAGCGGCUGGGAUGCUAAUCACUACAGACAGUUGCUCAGGAAUGCAGGCCUGCAUCUAGUCCUGGACGAGGUGAGAGGGGAUAAUGUCAAGGCAGAAUUCCUCUGGGUCAUAGCCAAGAAACCAGAUACUACUUAGCCUCGCAGUUUUGACCACCAACAUAUUCUUGGGGUUCAGAUAGAAGCUCCAAGGAGACAAGAGAAACAUUUGCAAGGGUUCAAUAAUCCUACCUUCUUCUACCAACA